UAAGAAAAGUGAAAAAUAGGGGGUGCAUGCUGUGUGCGGACGGGUACGAGCGGAAGCCGCGUUUGUUGUUCUUCCUUCUGUUUCCGAGACGUUCAGGGUCUGAACGGGUUCAACAGCCGCGUCUGCAUGUCUCUACCGAUUUCCUCUAUAAAUCGUCUGCUACCGCUCCCGAAUGAAGAUUAACAGGUAUGCCAAAGGAAAAAUAUGAUCCCCCAGAUCCCCGUAGAUGUUACACCAUCAUGUCAGCCGAGGAGGCGGCCAGUGGGAAGAAGUCUCACUGGGCCGAGCUGGAGAUAUCUGGGCGGGUGAGGAGUCUGAGCAGCUCGUUGUGGACGCUCACUCAUCUGACGGCGCUGCACAUCAACGACAACAACCUGAGCCGCAUCCCGCCGGACAUUGCCAAGCUGCCCAACCUGGUCUACCUGAACCUGUCGUCCAAUAAGCUCCGCAGCCUGCCCGCCGAACUGGGCAACAUGGUCUCACUCAGGGAAUUGCUUUUAAACAACAAUCUUUUGCGAGUUCUGCCUUAUGAACUUGGGAGGCUUUUCCAGUUACAAACCUUGGGGCUAAAAGGAAACCCUUUGUCCCAGGACAUCCUCAAUCUGUACCAGGAGUCGGACGGAACCAGAAAGCUUUUGAACUACAUGCUCGACAAUCUAGCAGUGCACCCAGAGCAGCUGCCCCAAAGACCUUGGAUCACUCUGAAAGAGCGAGACCAAAUGAUCCCCUCAGCCGUGUUCACAGUCAUGUGCUACAACGUGCUGUGCGACAAGUACGCCACGCGACAGCUGUACGGCUACUGUCCGUCCUGGGCCCUCAACUGGGAGUACCGGAAGAAAGGCAUCAUGGAGGAAAUCACCAACUGUGACGCAGACAUCAUCAGCCUGCAGGAGGUGGAAACCGAGCAGUACUACACGUUGUUUCUGGAAACACUAAAGGAGCGCGGCUACGACGGCUACUUCUGUCCGAAGUCUCGUGCCAAACUGGUUUCUGAACAGGAGAGGAAACACGUGGACGGCUGCGCUGUGUUCUUCAAGACCGAGAAGUUUACUCUGGUCCAGAAACACACUGUGGAGUUCAACCAGGUGGCGAUGGCCAACUCCGAGGGCUCGGAGGUCAUGCUGAACAGAGUGAUGACCAAAGAUAAUAUCGGGGUGGCCGUUCUGCUCGAGGUUAACAAGGACGUGUUCUCCGGUGGCAUGAAGCCGCCACAGGAGAGGCAGCUGAUCCUGGUGGCCAACGCCCACAUGCACUGGGACCCCGAGUACUCGGACGUCAAGUUGAUCCAAACCAUGAUGUUCCUGUCGGAGCUGAAGAGCAUCGCCGAGAGGGCCUCGGGUUCUGUGGCGGCCGGCUCGCCGACCUCUGACCCAUCCUCCAUCCCCAUCGUCCUGUGUGCUGACCUCAACUCGCUGCCCGACUCCGGUGUGGUGGAAUACCUGAGCAACGGAGGAGUGGCCGAGAACCACAAGGACUUCAAGGAGCUACGCUACAAUGAAUGUCUGACCAACUUCAGCUGCAACGGCAAGAACGGCAACUCAGACGGAAGCAUCACACACAGCUUCCAGCUGAAGAGCGCCUACGACAGCAAUCUGAUGCCUUACACCAACUACACAUAUGACUUCAAGGGCGUGAUCGACUACAUCUUUUUCUCCAAGACCCACAUGAGUGUCCUGGGCCUGCUGGGACCGCUGGACAGCCAGUGGCUCAUCGACAACAACAUCACCGGCUGCCCCCACCCCCACAUCCCCUCGGACCACUUCUCCCUGCUGGCCCAGCUGGAGCUGCACCCUCCCCUGUCCCAUCCGCUCAACCCCCUAAACGGGCUGCACCUGCCGGUCAACAGGUAGUGCAGCCUGAGAGAGACCCCACCCCCCCAUUACCCCGCCAACUCCCACGCCCACCCUCCUUUACCCCAGCCCCACCCACCCACGUUUUAAACACUGUCGCCCCCCCCCCCCCCCCCUCCAGCUUUAUACAGGACCCUGUACAGUUUACCAAUCAUGUUAAAACUCAGACACCAUCCAACCCCCUCCAAUCCUAAGACACACCUACCUAAAAGGAGUGAAGUAUUCGCCCAGUUUGUUGCUCCUUUUUGUGUUUUUUUGCACACUGUAAAUGUUUAUUUUAUUUUUAUUUUUUCUCCCUCCCCUUGAAAAGUCUUGAUACCAAAUGUUGGGCUUGGGAUGAAGCUGAAAUGGUGACCCCAAUGUCAACUGUUUUUCUUUGCCUUAGACAUGAUCAUGACCGCUUGUAGAUUCUGCUCCUAAAAACAACAAACCUUAACUCAUACUAUCUACCUUUUUUAAGACAAAUCUACUACACGAAUAUCAGCUGAUUGACUGGAUUUCAUUUGGGUUUCUUCUCUCAUUUCACGUAGCUGUGAAAUAAAUCUUUUUUUUUUUCUUUCUUUUUUUUUUUAAGGAGUAAAAACACAACAUAAUAUUAAUGCUGCACCACAGCAUGUUGUAUGCUGUGUUAAACUCACAGUCUUGUAGAACUGGAAUCUGGACAUCUCUCCCAAACUAAACUUGACAGGUAUUUAAAAAUAAAAAGCAGUAACACUACAAACAGCUGAAUCUUAAGUUAUGAAUGUUGUAGGAGGAACGUGAAAGGUUUGUUUACAUCAGCGCAUAUUUUAAAUUCUGAUCAGCCAAGAAACACCAAAAACACUUCAGUCAUUUAUUAUAUUACUGCAGUUUUUAAGGUUGAAAAGUUCUGACUGGGCAUGAUCAGUAAUGUAACGUCAUUGUAACACUAAACUGCUGUGUUUCGUAUGGGAAUUAGAGUAUUGAACCAUCUCAUGCCACAGCCUAUGAAUCUUUGGUCACAUUACAGCACUGAUAAUAUUGAUGAUGCACUGUUCGAGGGGGCUUUCGAAUUGAGGCCAGCUUUGUGGAAAAUGGCGAACGAUCCCACGUACUCCUUCCCUGGAUCACAUUUCCACAUCGUUUGGGAUCAUGUUGCCUGGAGAGGAUGUCACCUGACUCAUCCUCCUCGCCAGGUAACAAAUCUCAACCUGAAAGCUGCCUCACAGUCCUGCGUGGAUGUCACUGAGCUGCCGCAUUCAGCUGCAUUCACUUCUUCUUUGAUACGGGUCUCGAACCUUCUCCUUCGACCGUUGCUGAAGAUUUUACUUGCAGAGGUAUUUUCGCUUUCAUCUUGGCUGAUUUAUGCUCACCAUAGUUUAAAAGAGGCGUUUUCUGCAGAAACUAUGAACUAAGAAAACAAUCAGUUAAGCCCAAAUGACGCACGCAAUCUUUGACUUGCUUUGAAAAACAUGUUUUAAGACAUGAGAGAUAUUUGUAACACAACCCCUGACGUUGACAAAGAAUGCGCUUUACAUUUUUACUUUUUGAAGUCUUGAACAUCUGCGGUCUUAAAAGAGUGUCCUCCUGUUUCCCCAUCACCUGAAUGGCCAAAGAAUCUCCCCAGAACGAGUGACUUAUGCUCUGCCGAUAAUAAAAUAAUAUUUAUUUAUUGAUGCCAGAGAAAAAAAAUAAUCCUCCUGAGAAGAAUCUGCUGAUGAUUCGAGUUCAGGAGCCGAAUGUAUUCACCAACGGCUCACUAAGAAAUUGGUUGUUGGAGCCUCUUAAUGUUUAAGAUUCCUGUGGACUCUAAACUUUGUAUAUUUGUGUCAGAUGAUUAGAACUAAUAGCCCUUUAUGUAAGUUGUAACUCAGGGCUAUGCUAUGCAUCGAGCAGUACCUCUCAAACUAAAGACUCUCAGAGUCGCGUUGUACGAGCAAAACCAAACAGGAAGCUAUUGUUCUGAAAAUCCUUUAUAAGCACAGGUAACGUAUGUACUUGCAUACAUAUAUGUCGUUGUCGCUGUCGUAGUAGAAGUCCCACGUCUUUGUGCAUUUUUUGAUAGAACUACUGCUGCACUUUUGCUCCAUUCCCAGAAUUUGGGAAGUGCAAAAUCUGUCUAAUUUUAGAGUCGUCAGAAAGUGCAAAAGGUGUUCAGAUAAAUUUGGUUUGGAGACACUUUGGAGUUUUAAAAACAUCACUUAUUUGGUUUUGUUGUAAGGCUUUUUAGAGAGGUUCACGAAUCGGUGUGGGAUCGACAAGAUGAAUGAACGCAGGGAUAGGACUGGGUAUCGAUACCGGCGCCACACCUUGAUACAAACCCUUGUUUCAGCACUUCAACACUACAAAAAUACUCGAAAGUUUUUAAAAAGUUUGAAAAAAGUAACAGAUUUUUGUCCCUUACAAAAAUUCUCAAUUGUUUAAUGUCGUCUAAACCAGUGGCUUCAAACCUCAGGGUUCGGGACCCACACGAAGGGUCACAAGAAAAUGUCUUUUUUUUUUUCGUGCUGUAAAGUGUCAGUUGUCAGUACAGCUGCUUUUCCUAAAAUAAAACACAAUUGGCGACAAUCUGAUUGAAAGAAUUACUGUAGCUAUAAAGACCCGUCAAUGCGCUUUUAGACACAUUUAAACUGAUACAGAAACAAAAUACUCAGAAUUGAUACCCAGCUCUAUCUUUGCCGGGGGGGGGGGGGGUGCCAGUCACAGUGUUGAACAUGUCUGGCACAUUUCAUGGCUGUAGUGUCUAGUAAACCCUGACCUUUUAUGAGAUUGAAUUAGUUAAAUUAGUCAAAGCAUUUGCUCUGUUCGCUAUUUGAAAAAGAAAAAAAAAAAGCCAUAAUUAUAUUAUUGGGAUAAAUGGUGUCAGCACAACAUGGCGCCCAGUAACCUCAGCUUUAAAUGAACGGCAUUCAGAUCAGUUCAACUGGCCUGGAACGCGCAGUGUCGGCUUUUUGCUUCAGUUGCACGAGCGCCUCCUCUGGUUUUGGAGGCGUGGGAUCUUUUGUGAGCAUUUUGAGGCCUAUACUUCACUCCUGAAAAACUCACCCCACAGGGUUUUUCUGAUUUUGUACAACAGCUGUACAUAAAUUACACUUGUCUUCGACGACAGGGCGUCUUUCGCAUCUGUGAGGGGAAUGUACCAUUCUCCGGAUAAAGGGGUGUAUUUUUUCUCACAAGUCAAAGAUGUACUUGGUGUUGUACUUUUUUUUUUUUUUCUUUCUUUUUCUUUUUGCCCGGUGCACUAAAGAUCUCAUAUGUGAAUACCACCUCCACCUGUCCAUGAUACUCUUGUAGAGAUGAAAUGUCUCUGUCCAACUUUGUUUUUGAACUACGGGCAUUUUCUGUCUCCAACAUGCAGUCUUUCAACUGGUACUUUGUACAAUUCAGUAUUACCAAGUUUUUGAGAAGAAAAAAGAUAAAAUGUUGUAGGUUUAAAAGCAGUUUGUCUUGAUGGCUUUUAUUUCUCCAGUGCACAUUUAAGUGUCAUCUCACAGCUUUGUGCACUGAGAUGACGCUUAAUAAAAAUUAUUAUUAUUUUUUUGUUUUCCUCUUUUUAUUUGUUGUCUCCCUUUUGAGUCCCCCCCCCAAAAAAAAUUGCUUUCCAGAUCCCUUUCACAUCUGUCUUCACACACAUGCACAGCCACUUCUUUUACUUUCCUCCACAGUAAUACCCAGCUAUCACUACCUGUAAGCAUUUGAGCUGUUGAUUUGUUUCUGUAGAGCGCACCUCUUUUUCUACAAACAACGUGCCUAGUUUGUACAACUUCUCCAACAGCAGCACUGCCCAUGAGACCAAGACGCUCAGAGAUUAACCCAGCACCAUCCAUCCAUCCAUCCAUCUAUCCAUCCAUCCAUCCAUCCAUCCAUCCAUCCAUCCAUCCAUCCUUUCAUCCCUCCAAUCCUGCCUGAACCAACCUUUUGGGGGUUGUGAUCAUGAGGAGUUGAAACUGAGGAAUCAUUGCUCACCUCAGACUGUACAAACAAACAGCUUUUUUGUAUCCACAACGUUCAAGGACAAAUCGGUCGUUCCUACCAGAGGUCUGAAAUGCACACUCUCACUUGUUUGUGAUUUCUCCCUGGUGGGUUUUGUGUUUUACAGAUUUCCAUUGCAAAGAGCUAUCGCUGUCUUGUCCACAGGAUUACCACAACCGCCAUCACACGCGAUUUCUGAAUGUAAAAAAAUCCUGUUGUUCAAUAUCUGGUCCUGGUUUCUUUUGUUUGUUUUUGUUUUGGGGUUUUUUUUUUGUUUGUUUCCUCCACUGUUGAGUUUUUUCAGACUAAGUUUACACCAGUGUGGUCACUUCAUGAGGUUCUGAGUCUUUGGUGGCCAAUAGGACGCCCAGCGAUGUUCACUGGGAGGAAAGGGAGGAUUAAUGUGACAAAGUGUUAAGCAUUUGAAAGAAGGGUUCGUUGACAGGUCGGUGCAUCCAAACCAGGAAACAUGAGCUUAAAGGAUACUACGUGAAUGAUCUCCUCCCAGUGUAUUAGCCUGUAAACAGUGUCGUGGGAAAGGAAUUCAAAAACAUCACACCAAAUUAAUUCUUAGAAAAUUGAGAUUAUGCAAGUGAACUGAGUUGAUAUGACCUUUUAAAAUGCAUGGUAGAAGAUAUUUAAAUUUAAUGUACUGACCACAGGUUAAUGCACUGGUUCAUUUGCUGGAAUGAGAUCAUUACAAAAUAAGAUUUGGUCUACAAAGGGGGCAGAGACUAAGGUGUCAAAACACUUUUUUAAAAAGUCUUAACCCCGUCAGUUUGUUUGACAGUUAACCAACAAUUUUCAGUUUCCUGUCUUAUCUUCAAAAUUUGUGCAAUAUCGAGUGUGAAGAAUAAGGAAUGCCAGGCGGUUAUCUCUGGAAAUAAUGAGGUUUUUUUUUCCUUGUAGCAUUCCUAGAAAAAUGAUUUUAAAGUUGCUGCCUUUCGGCAACUUCAGCAGAUUUGUUUUAUUCAUGUGUAGUAAGUGACGUGAAACUGGGCGAGGACUCUCAGCCACCAGCAGACACCAACAAAGGUGCUACAUUAUCUCUCAAGAGGAUUUUAAAGAACUGCACUUAAACCUGUUAUAUGUAACUAAAAUGUUAAGUUUCUAUUUCCAGACCAGCAGCUCUUCACCACAUUGGUUUUCAGUCCUCCCAGCCUCCGCAGCAGACGUGAGGAACCAGUCAGUGAGCGUCUGUCUGGAGGGAGAACCUGCAGCUUUGUGGUGAAGAGCUGCUAACGUUAGACACAGCAGGUUUUUGUAUUGUGGAAUCCAAAGUGUGCAUCAUGUUUGACAAAUAAAUGUCAAAAAGCUGCAAAACAGCAGUGACACAAGUCCCUGUUCACCCUGCGAGGACGCGAGGAAGUUUGUCUGACGUAGGUGGCGGUGCUGACUUGGUUGUGAAAAGAAAAAAAAAAUACAGAUGUAGCCUUUGUAGACGUCCUUUUUUACUUUCGUUUUGCAAGCUGAGUUGCUGCUGCACAUUGCAGUUAAAUGUUUAAGUGAAGUUGUGUCAUCAGGCGAAGCAUUUUUUGGGGAUCCUUUAACACCCUCACCCCCCCUCCCAAAAACAGGAUGAAUAUAAAUGAAUGAGUAAAUACAUAAAUAAAUAAAAAAAGAUUCAAAUCUGUGAAAGCUGCCAAAUUAAUUUUUUCUUUUUUUAAAUUGUAUUUUAUAAAAGAAAAUUACACUGCAAAUGAAAUCCACAUUAUUUAAAAUCAAAAUGACUACAGGAUGUUUCACCACUGUCAGAUGAGGACCACCUAAUUUUCAUGCUUCCAUAUAAUUACCAAAACUACAUGUAUUCCAAAACAUUUACAUGCUCCAUAAAUGUAUAAAAUAUUAAUAAAUUGAAUUUUAAUAGCACUUUUUUAAAAACAAAGUUACAAAGUGCAUAACAGGGAUAAGAAACAACAAACAAUAAAAGCAAAGGCAAAUAAAAACAAAUAAUGAGAUCAAACAAUACUAAUAAUAAUUCUAUUAUCGAAAUUAUUGUCAUAUUUUUUUUGCCAAAAAAGAAAAAUGUGGAUUUUAAUCCAACUAAAAUCAGUUUUCUCUCAAUUCCUGGAAAACUGAAAUUUUGAUUAAAAUGGAAAACAGUUAUUUGGUAUCAGCUGUUUUGGGGGCCUCAGUGGCUCCUGGGGGCAACAGUCACAACACUGAUAGGGACUAUGAAAAGUAUUACCAAAACAAAUCUCAAAAAUAAUAUAAUAAUUUGAAUUUGUGCAAAUCUUUUAAUCAUAAAAACAACCAAAUGUUGUAUUUAGCCAAAUUUCACACGACAAAAAUAAGUGCUUCCUGCAACGUCCCACGUUUUUGUACCAAGAGCUGCUAACUGAACCCUCACGACCACUGAUAUUUAUAUGAAUGAAGUGAUGGACGUCUACAGAGGCUAGAGUAUCUGUAUCUGACAUGUGAGCAGUUACACCUCAGUUGAAACCAAACAUGCUCAACAGCACCUGUAUCAUUGCUCCACACCCCCCACACUCUCCCCCCACCUCCUGUAGGCAAUAAACAUGUCACUUUUGAAGA